AAACCCAGAGAAAGCGAGGAAGGAGGUGGGGAGGAGGCCGACAAGGACCCAGGGCAGGGAAAGGGGCACAGGGGGGCAGAGCUGAAUGCAGGCCGUGAGGUCAGAGUGUCUGUGAGGUCAGCUGCUGGCCAGGGCCUGCCCUGGGCUCUCAGGGCCCAGGGGCACGCGCAAGCAGCUCAGGACCCUGUGAAAGCCCGGCCUGAGCCAUGGAGACCUGGGAGGAGGGACUUCCGCCCGUGGCCCUGGUGCCCAGCAAUUCCAAGGCCCCUCAGGUGCUGGUCUGGGCAGGAGAACAUGUCGGCCCAGGAGAGCUGCCUCAGCCUCAUCAAAUACUUCCUCUUCGUCUUCAACCUCUUCUUCUUUGUCCUAGGCAGCCUCAUUUUCUGCUUCGGUAUCUGGAUACUCAUCGACAAGACCAGCUUCGUGUCCUUUGCUUGUCCUUCGUGCCUCUGCAGAUCUGGUCCAAGGUCCUGGCCAUCUCGGGCAUCCUCACCAUGGGCCUCGCCCUCCUGGGCUGCGUGGGGGCCCUCAAGGAGCUGCGCUGUCUUCUGGGCCUGUAUUUUGGGAUGUUGCUGCUCCUGUUCGCCACGCAGAUCACCCUGGGAAUUCUCAUCUCCACCCAGCGGGUCCGGCUGGAGCGGAAGGUGCAGGACGUCGUGCUGGACACCAUCCGGAACUACCGCGCCGACCCGGAGGAGACCGCGGCCGAGGAGAGCUGGGACUACGUGCAGUUCCAGCUGCGCUGCUGCGGCUGGCAUUCCCCGCAGGAUUGGUUCGGGGUCCUGAGAGGCAACGAGUCAGAGGCCCACCGGGUGCCCUGCUCCUGCUACAACUCGUCGGCCACCAACGACUCCGCAGCCCUCGACAAGGUCUUCUUCCCGCAGCUCGGCCGGCUCGGGCCGCGGUCACGGCCCAGGCACAACACGGACCUCUGCGUGGUGCAGGCGAACGGCUACAUCUACCGGGAGGGUUGCGCGCAGAGCCUACAGAAGUGGCUGCACAACAACCUCAUUUCCAUCGUGGGCAUUUGCCUGGCCGUCGGUCUACUCGAGGUGAGUGUGAUGACGCUGAGCCUGAAGCUGCAGCGCAGGGCGCUCCGCCGGGGACCCGAGCCCCAAGGACCCGGCGCCGAUGGUUUGAGCCCCGGGCUCGGCCUGAGCGCGGAUGGCGAUGGCGGUGGCGGCGGGCGCUGUGGCGCGCUCAGCGGCAGCGGCAGGCGUGUUGGCAGCCCGUGGGGAGGCUGGGGCAUGGCUGGUGCCCGCCCCAGCUGGGGGGACAGGGCCCCGCAGGGCAAGCUUCCUAUGGCCCUGGGGCCCUGGCCACUUUGGGAUCAAGAGGAGGAGCAACCAGAGACUGGCGUAGAAGUGGAGGUGGAAGCCGAGGCGGAGAGGGAGACAGAAUAAAGCACCCGGGGCUUGCUUGCUCCCACCUGACUGCUUCUCGGGCUGCCCCCCCCCCCGUUAACUGCAGGGUGUACCCCCUGCACCCCACUGCCGUCCUCCAGCGCUGCAAGCUGCCCUUCUGCCCCCAGCACGCCUUCCCUGUCUCUCAUCG